CGAUGUCUGAUUGUUUAAGGAAACCACGGAAACAAUGGCAAUAACGGAGCCACUGGCCAUGAAGGGGCCAAAGGUGAGAAAGGUGACAAAGGAGACCUGGGGCCACGAGGGGAGCGAGGGCAGCACGGCCCCAAAGGAGAAAAGGGCUACCCGGGGGUUCCACCGGAACUGCAGAUCGCCUUCAUGGCUUCCCUGGCCACUCACUUCAGCAACCAGAACAGUGGCAUCAUCUUCAGCAGCGUUGAGACCAACAUUGGAAACUUCUUUGAUGUCAUGACUGGAAGAUUUGGGGCCCCAGUCUCAGGUGUGUAUUUCUUCACCUUCAGCAUGAUGAAGCACGAGGACGUUGAGGAGGUGUAUGUGUACCUCAUGCACAACGGCAACACGGUCUUCAGCAUGUACAGCUACGAGACCAAGGGGAAAUCGGACACGUCCAGCAACCACGCAGUGCUGAAGCUGGCCAAAGGAGAUGAGGUUUGGCUGAGGAUGGGCAACGGCGCUCUGCACGGGGACCACCAACGCUUCUCCACCUUCGCAGGCUUCCUGCUCUUUGAAACUAAGUGAAUAGAGGACUAGACCAGCUCCACUUUGGGGAAAACUUGUAGCUGAGCUGGUAUUGUUAUGAUGUGAGGAACAUUAGAGUUAAGGGUUCUACAUGUUGUAUUUUUU